AUGAUGCAUUAUCUGGGUGCAUUGACCCUCCUUUUCCUUUCAUUGACAGUGACCAAGCUAUCUAAGCUACCCCACGCCAAAGAACGUACUCUGUCCUCGGUGAUCUCGCAGAGUGAAUUCUUGGGUUAUAAAUAUGGUGUCUCAUCUAAACAGCGCCCAUUUUCUCUGUUUCGUGAUGCCGAAGGUGACUUGCGUGUUCUCAGUGGCGAGGCUGGAUUGAGCUCGGAAAAAUGGCUCGCCACUGCCCGGGCUGGCCAUAAUGUGCCCCUGACUGACUUCCUGAAUGCCCAGUACUUCGCCGAUAUCGAACUCGGAACACCACCUCAGAAGUUCAAAGUGAUUCUCGACACCGGCUCGGCCAAUCUGUGGGUCCCCUCGGAGAAGUGCACGUCCAUUGCUUGCUUCCUGCACAAGAAGUACGAUAACACGCUUUCUAGCACAUACAAGCCCAAUGGUUCAUCGUUUGAGAUCCAGUACGGCUCGGGAAGCAUGGAAGGCUUUGUUUCGCGCGACCAUCUGACGAUCGGCGACCUUAAAAUUCAAGACCAAGACUUUGCUGAGGCAACCACGGAACCCGGAUUGGCCUUUGCGUUUGGGAAGUUUGACGGAAUUUUGGGACUUGCGUAUGACACGAUUAGCGUGAACAAAAUUGUCCCACCAUUCUAUAAGAUGAUUGAGCAGGGUCUUCUCGAUGAGAAUUUGUUUGCAUUCUAUCUCGGCACCGACGACUCGGUCGGUGGCGAGGCCACCUUCGGUGGCGUCGACCCGGAUCACUUCGAAGGUCCUAUUGUGUAUGCUCCUGUCCGCCGUAAGGGGUACUGGGAAGUGGCACUGAACAAGAUCGGUUUCGGUGAUGAGGAAUUGGAGCUCUCCAAGACUGGCGCAGCUAUCGACACCGGCACUUCGCUGAUUGCCAUGCCCUCUGAGAUCUCGGAGAUCCUCAACAAAGAGAUUGGGGCAAAGCGCAGCUUUGCCGGUCAGUACACGGUUGAUUGUGACCGAGUGCCUAGCCUCCCUACUUUGACUUUCUAUCUGGACAACAAGCCGUACAUGCUCGAGGGCAAGGACUAUAUCUUAAAUGUGCAAGGCACUUGCAUUUCCUCGUUCAUGGGCAUGGAUCUUCCCCCGCCAAUUGGUCCCAUGUGGAUCAUUGGUGACGUGUUCCUCCGGAAGUUUUAUACGGUCUAUGACUUGGACAAGAAUGCUGUUGGAUUUGCUAAGGCAAAGUAG